CAAAAGUUUCGUGGUCCUCUACACGUCUUCACAGUGACAUUGCUCUAUCACGCGCUUCCCACCAUGGUGGAGCAAGCAAACUCGCCAAACAAUGGGGGCGCUACGGCGGCACCAGCAGCAGAUGGCGCUGCGAAAACCGCUAAGGCAACUGCGCAGAACCCUGCCUUUCGCAUGAUGGGCUUGCCUCGACUGCGACUGCCAUCACGGAACUGGACCAUCUUCUGGACUAUCACCGGUUCCUUUGCCGGCGCAGUGAUCUACGACAAGUAUCAAACGAAGCGCACAAGAGAGAAAUGGGUCAACCUCGUCUCCCACAUCGCUGACGAGCGACUCGACACGAAGACGAUUCCACGUCGAGUUACCAUCUACCUGCAAGCACCUCCUGGCGAUGGGCUGCGGACAGCGCGCGAGCACUUCCAUCUGUACGUCAAACCGGUACUGGUGGCAGCGGCCAUGGACUGGGAUGUUGUGGAAGGGAGGAAAGAGGGCGAUGUGCGACACAAGACGGCGGAGAAGAUCAGGAAACAACGCAGGAAGAAUGGCGAGGGCGAAGUGGUGACUGACGAUGAGGAUGGCACACUCAUGGUUGAGAAUUUGCGCCGGCAAAAUGGAGAUGUGGAAUAUCCAGGUGUUGCCGGAGACAUCGUGAUCGGUCGACACACCUGGAAAGAAUACAUACGCGGUCUACACGAGGGCUACCUGGGACCUGCAAGUCUGCCGAAGGAGGCGGAUUCCGAUUCAGUCGCUGGUACAGAAUCCGCCGGCCAUGCCCCUGCAUCUGCUUCUGGCAAUGACACUACUGCGAAUACCACAAGCGCCCACGGAGGUGGUGGUGGUGAGGAGUCACCGCUGACAUCCCUAGAUACUGUAGUCGAAAGCGCGGGGCCAGGUAAUUCUACGGACGCCGAAAAUAUUGGCGACGGGGCAAAUGAGGACAAAAAGGGAGAAGAGAGCGCCCAGUCAAAGGAUAACGACGGCGAGCAGAAACCGAAACGACGGUUCCCACCAUCACCUAUCCUCCCUGAAGACUACAGCACGGCUGUGCUAUCACCUUCUACACCCGAGAUCUUGGGCCCGAGUGUUGGCGUUCGCUUGCCCCAUCUCCUCGGAAUCAAGAAUACGCCAGUGAGGAUUUACCGAUUCCUGAACAGGAGACGACUGCAGGACGACAUCGGGCGACAGGUUGCGGCUGCAGUUCUGGCCUCGUAUCGCCCAUACACCUCUGUGAUCGCGCAGGACGAUGGCAGCGCGUCUGACGUAGCAAAGGAAACAUCGGAGCAAGCCACAGUCUUGCAGCAGGAGGAGAAAGACUGGUACAAGCUUGUCCAUAAGCCCCGUGCAGAACAUGAAGAGAGCUUAUGGAUAGAGCCAAUAACUCUUGACGAGCGCAUAGCAAAUCGCAUGCGUGCAUUCGAGCUCACUUCUGCAGAUGAGGAGCGCUCACGAAGGAUAGCGGCGGGCAAAGAAGCCGCAUCGAAUCAGGAGUCCUGAGGAAUUGCACUUGUUGCUCGAGGCGCAACGCUUCAUCAACAGUCGCUUCGCAUGGCUCUGAGCAUGCCCAUGCUAAGGUCAUACUUUUUUGCGCCUGAGCCGGUCAGGUGCAGCUUGGCCAGUGGAGGUGUGCGGCCAGAUUCCGAGCAUGGUGGCUGCUCAGCUUGUAGGAUAAUGUACAGUAAUGGGGUUAGCCGCAAUGCACUCCGCAAAAUGAGGCGGUGCCCGUGGUGUGAACAUCGGUUCCACACGAAUCACUGCAUGGUG